UUUUUGCUACCAAUAAUCAUUCAAGUUAAAACAAUUUAUUUGGUGAAUUUCUUAUCCAUCCGCGGUAAAGAUAACAAAGGUGCGAGAUUAUAGAUAUUUCCUUGACGGUUUUAUUUAAUUCGAUUUUAUUACAAUCUUUUAUCAGAAUCAAGAGAAUAGAAAUAUUUCCAAUUCUCUGGUCGUAUUUCUUUCAAUUUUUCUAGCAGAAGUAAUCAAAAAAGAUGAGUUAAGUUAUAAUUUUACGUACUCUUGCGUUAAGACGGUCAAGGCUCGCUUCAAUUGAGUUAUAUCUAUGAAUUUUUCUCUACUUUCAAACUAGCCGUUUGGGUUUUUUUAAUUUUACACACACACACACACACACACACACACAUAUGUAUUGUACGUGCAUGUAUGUGUGCGUAAUAUAUCACAAAUAAUAUCUCUUACCCUCACAUUUUUCAUUCAUGACAACCUGCCGUCAAGAUUUCGUACGUCCUAUGUAGCAAACGAGCGUAUAGUUUAUGCAGAUGUUCCCAAGAGUUUGAUUCAUCCUGGCGCUAGUUUUAAGCAAGACUCUGUGGGGGCCACUGGAUCUAUCAGAGCCACCGGAUCAGAGCGCUAUACAUAUAAAUCUACAAAGCAUGAAACCCUCGCAGCGGGGUUCGGUCCGAUUCAUAGGAAGCAGGGAGAAAAAUGAAAAUGCAUUUAGUCUCUCCCUUGCAGUCCCCUGCUGGAUACGAUUGAAAGUUGUCAGAGUGGGGAUGAGACUAUAUAACCCUAGGAUGAAUCGCCAAGAGACAAAUCCUUCGAGGAAGACGCGCAUGCAAUCGAAUAUAACGCGAGAAUGAAUUGUGACAAAUCGUUAUUCGGUAGCCUCGAAGAAAGAAUAUAAUUUGUGUAAAUAUCGCUCAUCGUUAAUCGAUACGCCGAGAAAAAAUGGAUAUUAUAUUAGUGUUAUCUAUCGUCAUUACUAUUCUGUCAAUGACGAGAACGAGUUACACUUUAGCCCGAGAUUCUGCAGAAUCCGUAAAUUCGUGGGCGCAAUGCGAAACAGCUAUCAAGGAGAUCAGGCGAGAAGACCGUGCGACAAUUGCGGAUGAUAGUCCCUCCAGAUUAUAUUCUACGUGGCUGUCUCAAGAGUAAUUUUUGAGAGCUGGCCCUGAGUAUAUAAUCAGAAAAUACACAUUUUUCAAAAACGGCACGUUUCUCCUGUUACGUUAUCAUUAUGCCGAAGAAUCGUGCAGCAUAGCGACGCACACUGUUACAAUUCGCGGUUCCAUCAAGUUGCUAGGAUCGUCUGCCGUCGUUUCUGGCGCUACUGAAACGAAAUUUCACGUGGAUACCAUUAAUAUUGUACCUUUGAAUCGGCAGGUCGCUCACAAGUUUGGGCAUAGAUUGAACCUGACUUGCGGUCCCCAGCCAAAAUGGCGACCUUACGUUUCCGAAGUGAUUUACGAGCAGCCACGGCAACGCUCGGCGGCGUCAUCGUGGCAAGGUCCAAUCUACAAUUCUCUGCAGAUACACUCGUCUGCGAAGAAGAAGCUCGGUAUGAACUGUUUAGAGCCUUUCGGGAUCGAAUUCGCUGAAUUGAAGUUGUUGAGAGUGCAGAAGAAAUCGUUUGGAAGCUCGUCCAGCAAUGAUCGGUACCAUAAGCUUCCACAAUUUCAACUGUUUUUAGCCAGUCCAACACCCAACAUUCAUUCUCGCUGGAAUUACAAACCGACUUCCUUACAGUCUACCGCUAUGAUCCGCGCUGAUACGACGAGCGGUUGCCCGAUAUGCAGCAGCGUGUCUCGGAGUACCGAGUUCAGUCCACCUCUUCUUCAUCAAACGGCAGCUCUACCCGCACUCAUCGGAGGUUAUUGGCACAGCGAGAGAUGCGAAAGCUCCGACGGCGGUGUCUGGUCCAGACGUCAAUUUCAGAUACACUCGGGAGAUAAAUUGUGGGCCGGUCAAUGGGACUAUUACAAUGAUCCGCAAUGUUCAAUGUUUUUGUACGCGAUAACUGCAGCUGGAAGUUACAUCCAGCGAACUGGAAGGCAAAGACGUCACGAACAGAUCGAUGAUCGAGAGACUUUUCUCGGUCUAGACUAUCUCAAUAUCUCCACAAGGCUCUUGUUCAAAAGAAGCGUUACCAAUUCGCCAACUACUCAUCAUACUGUACAAAGCGUUAUAUUAGAUCUCUAUCGAAAGAAAUUUUAUCUCGCGAAAAACGGAUCGGAAAAGAGGCGGCCAGUAUAUACAAUACAAGAAAAGGUACAAGAAAGACAGGAAAGAUCGCUGGCUGAUGACGUUCAUCGACUAUUGCGCGACGAACAGUCUAUAGUUGAAUCAAGAUUCGCAGCGAUGCUACGAGGUCAUCAAGCAUACGACGAGACCACUACCAGAAAACCUUUUCCCACCUGGAACACCCUCACUGGUACUACGGAACUGGAUCUACACAUUGCCGAGAGCAUUUUGAUUCCUGGAGACGUCACGAUAUCUACUCGCUGUAGCACUGAUCACGUUGAUGCCGCCGAUCGGCGCAGGUUCGGCGUGCCGCUCAUCACCUGGCCGAGAAAUUGCGUACCUCACGCCGUCGAAGCGCCCUCCACGUUGGGACUGCGGGCCAAACUGGGCAUUAAUUGGAACGGUCAGUACAUCCUACUGUUGGGCUCGCGAGAUGACAAUAUGUGGGAGGCUCCUCUGCGUCAAUGCGCGCAGAUUCCACCUCACAAUUCUGUUCUGCGAGCGCAUCUUCGGAGAAGCAUCGGUCUUCGAUUCGGACUGCUCUCUGCUUCAGCGUCAUCGAGUCGACUCUCCGCUUGGUGUCUCUUAUCGCGAAUUUUACUGUGCUCCAUAUAUUACCUCGUACGACGGUGAUAUCCGCCGAAUUGUUUACUUUUACUAAGGAGCAUUUGGAUUCUUAAGAAAUUUAAAAAAGAUAUUUGAUGUGGAAUACUUUACUUAUUCAUAAUACAUGGAGCUUAAUAAACAUUUAAAAGUUUUCUCUUCACGUUUUCUCUCAUGGAAAAUUUCGUAGGAUCAUAAGCUUGUACAUAUGUGUAAAUAUAUUAUAGAAUCGAAAAUCACAGCAGUAAAACUUCCACGAUAAAGUGGUGUAAUUAAAUCAAUUAUUAUUAUCGCUGUGCUUUCGUUGCGUGUUUGGAGCGAAAGUUUAAAUCAAUCAAAGUUUAAAAGAGCGCUAUAUAAUAAUAUUGUUCCGUGAACAAAGAUAGCCAUGAUUACGAUGAUUGUACGAUUGUUACGGAUAAACUUAGAGUUUACAUUAAUAAUUAUAUGCUACUCUCUGCGAUCGUAGCUGUAAUUUAAUAAACUUGAGUCUCACACACAC